GCUAGUCUGGGUCUCCCUGGAAACAGCGCGAUCGAGGGUAGACUUUGCCCUGCGUGUACCGUUUAUGGAACAGAGCUGCACCGAAGCCGAGAGUGAAAGGUUCCUAUUAACGAGAGCUCCUUGGAGACAUACAUGGAGAAGCCAGCGGUGGUAAACGGGGACCAGCUUCCCCCUCCUUACAACCCUACAUACCCCCAACCCUACACCCACGGACCCACGAAUGUCGGGGAGGCUGGAAUUUCCACAGUCACACAGAGUAGUUAUGAUGUCGGAACAGCAGACUUGAUGCCCCCAGAAUACACACAGUGCUUCGAGGAUGUUAACUGCUUCUCCGAAGCUUCUGUCCGACGAGGUUUCAUCAGGAAGGUUUACCUCACCCUUACGGUUCAGUUGCUGAUAACAGUUGGAAUAAUCUGUGCAUUCCUGUACUGGGAGACCCUGAAACUGUGGGUUUUACGCACCAAUUGGUUCGCCUACACCAUGAUGGGGGCAACACUAGCGCUUGUCAUUGUGCUUUCCUGCUGUGGUGAUGUACGCCGAAAGGUUCCCUUCAACUUCAUCUUUCUCGGGCUGUUUACUGUUGCAGAGGGUAUGCUGCUUGGAUCAGUGACUGUGUAUUUUAAUGCUGAGGCUGUUCUGUGGGCAGCAGGAGCCACUGCCUUUGUGUCCUUUGGUGUGAGUUUAUUUGCAAUGCAGUCUAAGUGGGACUUCACAAAAGUCACUGGAAGCGUUUGGGUUCUAUGCUGGACGAUGUUUACAUUCGGGUUUCUCUGUGCUGUCAUGAGAUCCCAGUUUCUAUACAUUGCUUAUUCAUCCCUGGGGACGCUGGUCUUCUCUGUUUACCUGGUGAUGGACACACAGCUAAUACUGGGUGGGAAACACAAAUACACCCUCAGUGCAGAGGAAUACAUUAUCGCUGCAUUGAACCUUUACCUAGACCUUGUAGCACUUUUCUUGAUGAUACUUCAGCUGAUCGGGCUCUGCCGUUAAUACAAGCAAAAAUUUACCAAUUAGAUCAAGAAGAAUGUUUAUUAAUAUCCGUGUCCUACAUCAGCUCUGCACUACUGCGAUUAUGUAUUUAUUUUUGACAGAAAACAUCUUUAUAAACUAAACUAUUUAUAUAAAUACAUACAAUAAUCAUUGCAUCAAUAAUCAAUAAUAACCACAUGCUAACUUGUAACUCAGGGAUUUUUACUGAUGCAUAAUAAACCUAUAAAUGAC